GGUGCUGGCCGUCCAGUGAUGUAAGACUGCUGAGCCGGGAUUCCGAAGGCGGCAACGGCCUCAAUAAUCGCGCCGCUGCCCAAGCGGGAGAACACGACCGAAGAGGCGCGGCGGGCCGUUUUCGUCCUUGUCGAGGCCGGGAAGAGAGGCGGAGACCGAGGCCGCAGCUGCGGAGAUAAAUAAUUUAAAAGCCCCACCCGAGUGGACGGUGGCGUCCAGUUGUCAUAACAACCCGCGGUCCGGCGGUGGGCGGGGCUAACGGGCUGCAGCCAAGAAACGGACGUGGAGGAACUGUCAGGAUUCUGCCGGACUGGGGCUGCUGCUUCGCGUAGCCUUCGGCAGUCCGUUCGGUUCCUUGGAUGAUGGUACGCUGAGAGGCACCCCAUGGCAUCUCCUGAUGAAGAUGGGCGGCCCUCACUGCCCAACCCCUGGGAUGCCAUCCUUGAGGCCGUCAAGCACCAGCUCCCGUCUCUGGACUCGGAUUCCUCCGUGUCAGACUGCGAGGACGAGGAGCUGUUCAUCUUCCAGCGAAAUCAAACUGUCCUGAUUCCAGACUUGUCAGAGGAACUGGCUGACGACCCUGCUGGGGCCUGGGUCACUUCCUCUGGGUCUCCUCCUGAGCUAGCUGCGGUGCCUGUAGAAUCUGCCGUGGAGCCCUGGGGCGAGUGGAAUGCAUGGCCCCAGCCCCAAGAGUCGGCCCCUCUGGAAGGAAGGGCCCCCGGCAAGAGCAGCUCUCUUCUCAGGAUGUCUGCAGAGACCCCCCCACGGCAGAAUGAUGAUGCAGGUGGGACCCUCAACACCAGUGUGUCACAGAGUCCUCACCAGGGGCCUCAGGGAGAGGCCACCUGCUCCCGUCAGGAAGCAGGCCUACAGACAGAGCCCCUGGGCGCAGCCUCACAGGCCCAGGAAGGCUCAGACGCAGCCAGCCGCAAAGCCCUGCGGAGGGAGAGGAGGAAGAUGAUCGAGAAAGACAUCCUCCACAAAGUCACCUGGGACGGCCGCGACCCAGCCUGCCCUGAUGCGAGCCGAGGGAAGGAGAAGGCCUGCAACACUGUGGAGGUGCCUUCAGAGGGGCCCCCAGGGUGUCUGCCCGUGCUUUCCCUCCAGGAACUUGAAGAGUGGGAUUUGGAUCAAGUCCUUCUGAGUCUGACUGGGCGAGAAGAGGACCGGGGAGAUGGUGCUCCUGGAGCUGCGUGGUGGGCGGCUGGCCGCCUCCAGGGCCAAGACCACACCGAGCCCAGCACCCAGGACCGGCUCAUGGAACGCCUGAGCCUCCUGUGUGCCAGGCAGUCCAGAGCUGCCGCCUCUGCUUGGAGAGUGCCUGCUGAUACACCCCAGGAAGCCCGGCCACGGGAAACCGGAAGCAGAUGUGCUUCCAGGGAGCUGGGCUUCCAGGCGCCAGCCCAGGACAUGCAGCUGAGGAACCCGGCAGAGCCUCCCCCCAUAUUCACUGACCUGCGGCCAACGAAGACUUCAGACCAGGGGCCCUUGGAGAGCUCCAGCUCCUACUCCAGCUCCUCUGACAGCGAGGAGGCGGAAGAGACAGCAGCUCAGAGAGACCCGCAGGGCCCAGCCAGGCUACGGGACUGCACGGGGAAGAGUCGGCUCCUCCAGCAGCUCAGGGCAUCUCGGGAGGCAUCUGCUCGGCCUCAGCCGCCUGCCGGCAAGAGUCCUGUCAGUCAGAAGGCUCGGGCCCCUGGAGAUCCGGCCGGGUCCAGCCCUGGGGUGAAGCAACACGUAACGCUCUGGGCUGAGAGGGGCACACAGGCCAGACCCGCAGGGGGACGUCCCAGCGACAGCCCGGGAGGCCUGGUGCCUCCUCGGGGUCAACUGCAGAUGCCUCAGGUCUGAGGAGCACGGGGACCCCCCCAGCUGGGGCUCUGCUGCCAGCCCUCUGCUGGAAAUCAGUCAGAACAUCUUCACGCACUCACAGCAAGGACACCAGUGCAGACCUGUACAUACAGCAGACGUGUCACAUGGCCCCACACCCUCCAAAAA